AUGGUGAUUUGUGAAUUUUUCAACAUUUACAUAUCAUUUGUUUCUAUAUUCUGGUCAUUCUUAUUUUCACCACAUAUCUAUGGUUAUUUAAUUGGAGCCGGAAUAUAUGACAUAACUGGCCCAAUAACCGAUAUCAAUAUGAUGGGCUAUGGUAAUAUGAAGCAAAAUGAUAAUGGACUUCAUUUAAGAUUAUUUAGUCGUGCAUUUAUUAUUCAAGAGAAUUUUAGUUCACAACCAAUUGUCAUUGUUAUAAUAGAUGCUGGUAUGGUAUCACAAGCCGUUAAAAUUAAAGUCAUCGAUAAUUUGAAAAGUCGAUACGAAAAUGGGUUAUUUACACAUCAAAAUGUUUUAAUUAGUGCAACACAUACUCAUUCCGGUCCUGCUGGUUAUUUACAAUAUGUUCUAUAUUCAUUUACGUCUCUUGGAUACGUUCCUGAAACAUUUCAACCAUUAGUUGAAGGAAUUGUUAAGAGUAUUGAUUUAGCUUAUUCUAAUAUGAAAGAAGGAAAAAUAUUAAAAGCUGAAGGGGAUUUACAUAAUGCUAGUAUCAAUCGUAGUCCAGCGGCUUAUUUAAAGAAUCCAGUAGAAGAACAAGCUCGGUAUGGUGAAAAUAUAGAUAAAAAUAUGAUUUUAUUAAAAUUUGUUACAAUGAAUAAUACACCAAUCGGAAUGAUUAAUUGGUUUGCUGUACAUGCAGUCAGUAUGAAUUCUACGAAUACUUUAGUUAGCAGUGAUAAUAAAGGAUUAGCAUCAAUUUUAUUUGAACAAAAAAUGAAUCAUAAUCAAAUGUUAGGAAAAGGUCCAUUUGUUGCUGCAUUCGCUCAAGCUAAUGAAGGUGAUGUUUCACCAAAUACUGCUGGUCCACGUUGUAUUGACACUGGUUUACCAUGUGAUUUUGUACAUAGUAGUUGUGGUGGUCGUGCACAAAAUUGUAUUGCAUACGGUCCUGGUUCAGAUAUGUUUGAAAGUACAAAAAUAAUUGCAUAUAAGCAAUUUGAAAAAGCAUGGUUAUUGUUUAAUAAUGCUACUACUGAGAUAAAUGGACCUAUUAACUUUAUUCAUCAAUUUAUCGACAUGACAAAUAUAAGUUUAAAUUAUAAAAAUUAUUCAGGUCAUACAUGUGAACCAGCCAUGGGUUUUAGUUUUGCUGCUGGUACAACUGAUGGUCCAGGAGAUUUUGAUUUUAUUCAAGGUAUUACACAUGGUAGUUUAUUUUGGCGGAUUGUUCGAAAUCUUGUUAAAGCACCAAGUGAAAAAUUGAUUAAGUGUCAAGCUCCAAAACCAAUUCUUCUUGCUACCGGUGAAAUGAAUGCUCCUUAUCCUUGGCAACCGUCUAUUGUUGAAACUCAAAUUGUAUCGAUUGGAUCUCUUUUAAUUGUUGCCUUACCUGGUGAAUUUACCACAAUGUCUGGAAGACGUAUUCGUGAAGCAGUGAUUGAAGCUGCUAAUAAUGCUUCUAAACAGAAUGAUCCAAGUUCAACUACACAAUAUGAAGUAAUUCUUUCUGGUCUGUCAAAUGUUUAUUCGAGUUAUAUUGCAACUCCUGAAGAAUAUCAACUUCAACGAUAUGAAGGUGCAUCUACUAUUUACGGUCCACUUACACUUCCUGCUUAUGUUAAUCAAUUCAGUUUUUUAGCAGAAGCAUUAGUUAAACGACAAAAAGUUUCUCCCGGAACAGUUGCUCCAUAUUUUUUCAAUGAACAAUUCAGUUUUGUGCCGAAAAUUUUAUUUGAUACAACACCAUUAGGAAAAUCAUUUGGUGCUGUAAUUAAACAACCAAAUUCAAUUUACUAUAAUUUGAAUAAACCAAUGACUUAUAUCAUUAUGAAUGAUAGUUAA